UCUUCCCUUUUUCUUCAACACUUCAACGUCCAUCUAAAUUCGAACUGCACAUUACUCUCUGUUAAUUUCUGUCACUAAUUCCCACAAAAAAAAAUAUAUAUAUUUUUUAUUUUACAAAAAUGGUGGAUUACAUGACCCAAAAUGAAAAAUGCAAGAACAAGCAGGCAGAUAAUUUAAUUGGUGGGUGGAAACUAUCCGGCUCUGUUUCCGAAUAUGCUGCUGCUGAAUUCCAUCAGAAAACUGGGGAUCAAGCUGGGUCUAAUUAUAUAGAAUUGGCAGAAUGUCACUUGAAGACUGGCAGCAUUCAUGAAGCUGCUGCUGCUUUUGUAGAUGCUGCAAACUGUUAUAAGAAGAUAUCCCCCAUCCAAUCCAUAUCAUGUCUAGAACAAGCAGUGAAUCUGUUCUCUACUGUAGGGAGAUUGAGCAUGGCCGGAAGAUAUUGCAAGGAAGUUGGUGAGAUAUAUGAGCAGCUUCGAGAUUUCGAAGAGUCUAUUAAAUAUUUUGAGAAGGCAGCUAAGUUUUUCCUACAUGAAUCGUCUAUAACAUCUGCAAAUCAAUGCAAGCAGAAAGUUGCUCAGUUUUCUGCUCAAUUAAAACAGUACACAAAGGCAAUCGAGAUAUUCGAAGAAAUAGCAGGGGAAGCUGUCAACAGUAAUCUGCUAAGGUAUGGAGUUAGGAAACACCUACUGAAUGCCGGUAUAUGCCAUCUUUGUAGAGGAGAUCUUGUUGCGGUGACUAAAGCAUUACAACAAUAUCAGAAUAUGGAUCCCACAUUCUCAAGAACACAUGAGAAUGAGCUUUUAACUGAUUUGGUGGCAGCCUAUGGUGAAAAUGAUGUUGAAAAGUUUACUGAAGUCCUAAAAGACUAUGAUAGCUUAAGCCCUCUGGAUUCAUGGAAAAUCAUCCUGCUGCUGAGAGUUAAAGAAGAUCUGAAGGCCAAGGAAGGCAUAGUGAACCGAACCUGAAAACAUAUUUCAAGCCUAGUCGAAUUGGAAUCAGCUAUGUAAUUAAUGGAUCCUGCUUAUAUAAAUCUAGUCUCUUUAGUUAUUUUAGUUCCUUGUUGCUCAAUUUAAUAUUCAGUUGGUUGAUAAGACCCAAUCCGAAGGAAAUUUGGGUCUCAUAAUUAUUACCUAUAGCCUAGGCAAUAUUCAAAAAUUUGAUUAUUUCUAUCAUUCUAUGUGUAAUGCUUUUAGUGAUAUAAGAUAAUUAUAAAUGUUUGUUAAAUCUCAAGUGAACCAUACCAAUGGAAAUAAUCAAAUAUAGGAUAUUAAAUGUGAAUCGAACAGAACUGAAUAAAAUUAAAUGAGUUGGAUUAAACUUACUUUAAAUAGAUUG